CUCCCGCAGUGCGACGAAACGAAUCGCGCCACCAACCUCCUGCCGCCGCCUCUUCCUCUUUUCUCGCUGCUUCAUCCACCGUCGCGAGCCGCAUCGCAUGCGACGAGCGAGCGAACGAGAAGAUGACGCUGCUUUGCGUGCCUUUGGUGUCAAAGACGGUGGAGCAGAUGGUGGACGACGCGGUCGCCGCCAAGGCCCGCGGCGCCGACAUCGUUGAGAUCCGGCUCGACCACCUCUCCGACUUCGAUGCCUUCCGCGAUCUCCCUCUCCUUCUCCGCAGCCGUCCACUCCCGGCCCUCGUCACCUACAGGCCAAAAUGGGAAGGAGGUGAAUAUGAGGGUGAUGACAAAGUGAGAUUUGAUGCACUAUGCUUAGCCAUGGAAUUAGGAGCUGAGUAUGUUGACAUUGAGCUUAAGGUUGCUGAAAACUUUGUUAAACUCAUAUCUGGAAAGAAACCAGAGAGCUUCAAGCUUAUUGUUUCUUCUCACAAUUAUCAAACUACUCCAUCAAGUGAGGAGUUGAGUGGUCUUGUAGCAACAAUACAAGCUGUUGGAGCUGAUAUAGUGAAGAUUGCAACCACUGCUGUGGACAUUGUUGAUGUCACACGCAUGUUUCAAGUAAUUGUGCAUUGCCAAGUGCCAAUGAUAGGAUUGGUCAUGGGGGAGAGAGGUUUAAUCUCCAGGUUGCUUUGCUCAAAAUUUGGAGGAUAUCUAACUUUUGGCACCCUUGACUCGGGCAAGGAAUCAGCUCCUGGACAGCCAACUAUCUCAGACUUGUUGAAUGUAUACAACAUUAGACAGAUUGGAGAAGAUACAAAAGUUUAUGGGAUUAUUGGGAAACCUGUAGGCCACAGCAAGGGCCCUAUUUUGCAUAAUGCGGCAUUCAAGUCAGUUGGUUUCAAUGCAGUUUACGUGCCGCUUUUAGUGGAUGACCUUGAGAACUUUCUAAAUGCUUACUCAUCUCCAGAUUUUGCUGGAUUCAGUUGUACAAUUCCCCACAAAGAAGCUGCACUAAGAUGUUGCGAUGAAGUUGAUCCAAUUGCAAAAGCUAUAGGUGCCGUAAAUACUAUUGUUAAACGGGCAUCUGAUGGGAAAUUAAUUGGUUACAACACUGACUAUGUUGGUGCAAUAUCUGCAAUCGAGGAUGGACUAAGAGGUUUACGAGGGGGAAAGGAUGAAAUUGGUUCUCCCCUUGCUGGUAAGAUAUUUGUUGUCAUAGGUGCUGGUGGUGCUGGGAAGGCUCUUGCUUAUGGUGCAAAGGCAAAAGGAGCAAAAGUAGUGAUUGCAAAUCGUACUUUUGAACGAGCAAAAGAGCUUGCAAAUUUGAUGGGGGCACAAGCGUUGACCCUUGCUGAAUUAGAAAAUUUCCAUCCUGAGAAUGGAAUGAUUCUUGCCAACACCACAUCAAUUGGAAUGCAACCUAAUAUUAAUCAGACACCUGUCUCUAAGCAAGCACUGAGGUGGUAUUCUUUGAUUUUUGAUGCUGUUUACACACCAAAAGUAACCACUCUUUUGAGGGAAGCACAGGAAUCUGGAGCCACAGUCGUUAGCGGACUUGAGAUGUUUACAAGGCAAGCAAUGGGACAAUUCGAAUUGUUCACAAAUUUGCCAGCUCCUGAAAAACUUAUGCGCGAUAUUUUGGCAUAAUACACAUAAAAUGGUUUGUUUUCUGUAGUAAAUAAAUGCUUUCUCAGUAUCUCCUUGACAGUCGGAUAUUUUUUCAAACUUAUGGCAUAUCGACUUGGCCGGCAUUCUUCAAUAAGUAGCAUGAGGCAUGUUGAUUCCUAUUUUGUUGUGAUGGAGACAAAGAAAUGGCAACUAGAAAUCUGAAAGUUGUAUUCAGCAUAUUUGCUAUCAGUAGUUGUAUUCAGCAUAUUUGCUAUCAGUUUCAUAUUUAUAUACAUACAAUAUUGAAUUGUAUCUGUCAUUUGAUAUUUGAUUCAGCUUGAUGCUACCUUCUGGA